GUCACUCGAAUAGUGUGUUUGUGUAUUGACAUGAUGAUAGUUAUCUAUUUCUUAGUUGGUUUAUUUGUUAAUAAUUUGGUCAGCGCUCGGAUUGAAGAUUUAAAUGAUGUUACAAGAAAUGACUUAAACGAAACGGAGCCUGAUAAACUUCGAGUAUUCGAUUUGUUGGAUUUUCUGGAACAGGUAAAAUUCUCUAAAGAAAAUGAUACAGUACUCCUUCAAGUGUACUACGAGAGUUUUUGUCCCUUCUGUGUACAAUUUUUUACUGGGGAACUGAAAACGGUCAUAGAAACUCUGGGACAAUAUAUAGACAUCAGAACAUAUCCUUAUGGGAAUGCUAAGACAAUCAUUGAUGAGAAUGGUAAAUACAAAAUUGAAUGCCAACACGGUCCUGCUGAAUGCUACGGCAACAAGCUGCACGCAUGUGCUUUAGAUUUAUUGCAGAAUAAAACUGAAGCGUUAAUCUUCAACUCAUGUUUGAUGACCCGGAGAAAAAACACUCGCGGUUCAGAUGAUAAGGCCGCUGACGCAUGUGGUACAGAACUAAAUGUAGAUUCAAACAAAAUCAAAGAAUGCGCAAAAGGUAACAAAGGCGAUGAACUUUUAAAAUACUAUGGUGACGAAAGCAAAAAGGCGAAUUUCCAUUACGUUCCAUACAUCCUGGUCCAAGGACGUGUGAAUGACAGAGGAGACUUAAUAAAGGAUAUCUGCAGUGUUUUCGUCAACCCACCACCACCUUGCAAAGAUACGGAAAGCGUUAAGUAAUGACGAAUAAUAGGAAGCCAUCUAUACUUUUACUUUAUUACUAUAAUCAAUUUAAUAUUUUAACCGAUAUCAUCAAAACGUACUACAAAAUACCAAAACAUGUAAUAGUGCAUAUUUAAAAUUUUACUGAGCAUUUGAGUCGGUGCUCAAAAUGAUAAUCAUGUCUGAGUAUUCGGUGUGAUCUCUCCGCGUCGCAGAUUAUUGGGAUUGUCGUGAAGAGGUAACGUUAGUAUGAGUCUCCACUGUCUGUACUACGACUUUAUUGUCAUUCCUCUCAUUCUCAAGAAGAUAACAGAGAUAGCAAUAGUGCCCGUGAACAAUUGUUAAGCCAUUAAAAAUUCACGAUUAAAUUCACAAUAU